AUGACAGAUAAUAAUAGUAUUAGUAAUUCUAUUCAUGGUUCUCGUUCAAAUACAGAACGUGUUAUAACUGAGGAUGAAUAUGAAUGUUUAUAUGCACCUGAAAAACAAGAUCGUCAACAAGUACCAGUUUUUAAACAGAAUCUUUAUGAUAAAAAUGCACAAAAACAUUGGGAUCAAUUCUAUAAACGAAAUACCAGUAAUUUUUUUAAAGAUCGUCAUUGGACAUUAAGAGAAUUUAAUAUAGAUUUAAAUGAAAAAAUGAAAUUAUUUGAAAUUGGUUGUGGUGUAGGCAAUUUUUUAUUUCCAUUACUUAAUGAAUUACCGAAUUUAUCUAUUUAUGCAUGUGAUUUUUCAUCGACUGCUAUUGAACUUCUUCGUCAAAAUCCGAAUUAUGACCAACAACGUAUACAAUCAUUUGUUUAUGAUUUAACUGAUGAAACAGAAAUACCCAUUGAAGAAAAUUCAAUUGAUAUUUGUUCAAUGAUUUUUGUUCUUUCUGCAAUACAUCCAGAUAAAAUGUCUUGUGUAUUGAAGAAAAUUUCUAAAGUUUUAAAACCCGGUGGUUAUCUUCUAUUUCGUGAUUAUGGUUUAUAUGAUCAUGCAAUGUUUCGUUUUGCACGUCAACGACAACAUAAAUUAUCCGAAAAUUUUUAUGUUCGACAAGAUGGUACACGUGCUUAUUUUUUUUCAAUUGAAUAUUUAACAAAUUUAUUAAAUGAAUCACAAUUCAAUACUGAUGAAAUUUCAUAUGUAUUUAAAGAAACAGUAAAUGUUAAAGAAGAAAUAUGUGUACCACGAGUUUUUAUACAAGGAAAAUUUCAAAAGAAAUAA